AUGGUUGAAGAUGCAGGAGACAUGGAUUGGCUUCCAGAGCCACCAGAGAUCCUGACCUUGGAGCAUAGACUGAGCUGCACCAGUGUGACCGUUCGACCACAACCCAAGGAGCUGGACAGGGAUGUUGACUCAGUCCUGUCCAGCCUGUCCAGCACCUCCUUGGACUCCCUCACCUCCAUCAGCAGCAGCUGGUCUCUGUCCUCCUCCAGUGAGGACAUAAGCCUCCUGGACACAGCCGUCUCCCCACUGCCGUCAGCCCCAGAGGAAGAUGGCUGGUACUCUCUGCCUUUUCCCAGGCCCCUUGCCGCUGGCCUCAAGCGACCCCGCAGAGAGCCCGCGUCCCGCCGCCCGGUCCAGUUCAACAUCCGCCGAAAGCUGCUGGAGGAGCUGUGGGGAGGCCUCACUCCCCACUUGGACUCCCUGACCGACCUGAUCCCGGAGGCACCCAACCUCCAGCAAGCGUCCCGGGGCACCAGCGAGGCUGACACCAGCACCAGCAGCGGAGGGGAGGCCUUGAGUGAGGAGGAGAGGCGUCCGCCCCAGAGGGCCCAGGAGGACCCGCAGCAAAGCAGCUCCUCAGAAAUGAUCUCCGCCGUGUCCAGGCCCUUGAGCUGUCCCACCUGCAAUCUUCCAACCUCCUGGGAACCUUCUGCUCAUCCCUUAACUCCUCCUGAAACCAGCAGCAUGCAGGGCAGGCUCUUGCCGUCACUGAAGACCAGCCAAACUCAUGUGAAAAUCAGGGCCCUGCUUCUGGAGGACAUGAUGAUGUCAAAGGGAAUGACUUCCCCGGAGGAGCAGCCCGUCUUGCACAAGCUCCCCUUCAAGAGGGCUCUGCAUCCUUGCCGUAGACCCUGCACGGCCAUAGGACCGGAUACCGCACAGCGCUUGGACUUCAACGUGAAGAGGAAACAGAUCCCAGAGCUCUGGGGGGAGCCCACCCCCUUGACUCAGUCGCUGGCCAAGAUGGAAUGCCAGGCUCCCUACUCCCCUUCCCCAGUCCCCACCCCAAGCCCCCCAGAGAGGGCUGAGAAGGAGGGGAGAAGACAGCCUGAGCCAACGAGCGCCCACCAAAGCAGCGUGAAAACCAAGGCCAAGCUUCUGGAGAUGACAAUGCUGACAGGAGAAAGUGUGCCAAAGGAGCAGCCCACCUUGCCUAAGCCUCUUCCCCCCAUGGCCCACCACCCCCAUCGUGGUCCCUACAAAGCAGUAGGCCCGGACACCGCAGAAUGCCUGGAUUUCAAUGGGAAGAGGAAACAGAUCCCAGAGCUCUGGGGGGAGCCCACCCCCUUGACUCAGUCGCUAGCCAAGAUGGAAUGCCAGGCUCCCUACUCCCCUUCCCCAGUCCCCACCCCAAGCCCCCCAGAGAGGGCUGAGAAGGAGGGGAGAAGACAGCCUGAGCCAACGAGCGCCCACCAAAGCAGCGUGAAAACCAAGGCCAAGCUUCUGGAGAUGACAAUGCUGACAGGAGAAAGUGUGCCAAAGGAGCAGCCCACCUUGCCUAAGCCUCUUCCCCCCAUGGCCCACCACCCCCAUCGUGGUCCCUACAAAGCAGUAGGCCCGGACACCGCAGAAUGCCUGGAUUUCAAUGGGAAGAGGAAACAGAUCCCAGAGGUCUGGGGGGAGCCCACCCCCUUGACUCAGUCGCUGGCCAAGAUGGAAUGCCAGGCUCCCUACUCCCCUUCCCCAGUCCCCACCCCAAGCCCCCCAGAGAGGGCUGAGAAGGAGGGGAGAAGACAGCCUGAGCCAACGAGUGCCCACCAAAGCAGCGUGAAAACCAAGGCCAAGCUUCUGGAGAUGACAAUGUUGACAGUAGAAAGUGUGCCAAAGGAGCAGCCCACCUUGCCUAAGCCUCUUCCCCCCAUGGCUCCUUGGCGUGAAAGUCAAGAUGCCUCACGACACAUAGAAGAGGAACCAUCCCUUGCUAUACCACUCAUGACCUCUGAGGAGGAGGGUAGGAUGUCAGAGCACACAAAGGCCCCCUCACCGGGAUCUGCACUCCCAACUGCAGGGGAGGAGGUUCCCCGAGCAACACCCCCCAUUUCCGGUAAAAAGGAAAGCACAGUCCUAACCACACCAAUGGGCAGUGCCGGGGUUGGGAGGGAAUUCAGGCCAGGUCAAAAGACACUGGCUAGCCCCCAGCCAGCAAGACAGAUUGCAUCUUCGCAAGCAGUGCCGCAGAUGCCAGGUGACCAUAGCAGGGACAUCGUGGCCAAGCUUCCCCCAAGCUUCCAGGGAUCCCCUGAACCUCCCUCCCGCCUGCAGCUGAUUCGCUCCAUCCUCACCUCCCUAAGCGUGGAGCAAACUGUGGAGGACCUCCGGCUGAGUCUAGUGCAAGCACUGGAAAUGGGCCACGGAGAGCUGAGGGCAGAGUACCCCGUGUGCCGGCUGUGCGGCAGCUGCAGUGCGAGGUGUCCUCACCCCCGCACUCAGCAAGACCCUCUCCUCCAUGUCUACCCACGGCUGACCGUACGUGACGGGCACGUGCAUAUGGGCCUGGGUUUCCACCUGAAAAUCAAGAGGACCCACGCCAAGAAAUGGGGGCUGGUGGAAACUGUGGAGGGUGACAAGGUGCAGGAACAACCUCCAGAGCGAUGCGUCAGCAUCGUGAAACCCAGUGUCCCCACCGAUCUGGCCUCCAGGGCCCCUCAUGAGUCUUCCAGACUGAUGGUGCAUCAUCGUCACGUGGGGACCAAAAUCCAGGCCACCGCCUCCUCAGUCCAGCUGAGUGUUCAAAAGAAGCCAGCGGGCAACUGUAAGGGCCCCGUACCAUCCAGCAUGCAGCACCAACCCCAGCAGGUGCCACCAGGAGCAAGGGGUCGUUGGGCCAAGUGCCCCGAACGAUGGCCCUCUACGGGAAAGCCAACCAGAAAUCCCAUGAAAAGGAUGCUGCGCGUCAUGAAGCAAGCCUGGACCCGGAUCCGAGGCAUCAAGGAGAACGCAGGCCAGCAUGCCGACAAGCCGGCUGUGGCUGGCCCUUGUAGAAAACCGGGGCCUCCGUCAACCAUGGCUUCCUCCUACAGAUGUUCCAGCAUGUCCACGUGUGCAGCUUCAGCAACCUCUGCAAAGCCUCCCAAACAAGCCUUCUCCAAGCUUGACGUUCCUCUCUUCAUAGAGGAAGCCCCGGGAAGCCGGGAGCCUACCCAACCACUCCUGCAUUUGCUGGACCCCAGAAAUCAGGGCUUACUGUCAACCCAACCCCCCCUCCGCUACCCCCCAGGAAUGCAGGGAUGGCCCCGAUGAAGCAAGUUGUUCUUCCCACAUCCUUCCAGAGUACAAAGAAAACAGGAACGGUCCACACCAAGAAAGGUUUCCCUGCGACCACCAGGAUAGCAGGAGGUCCCCGGACCAAAAGGGCAUCGCCCAAGACACCAAAGACAGUGUGGUUCCUUGCCAGCAAAUGAGUGGUUGCCCCCUCUCCCAAUCUACCGCUUUGCUGGGGAACCUUAGAUGACUCGAUAGAGGCUGCCCCCUUGCUGCAAAUCAAGGCAUAAUAUUACAGA